AUGGUCCAAUCAUCCAUCCUCGGUUUCCCUCGCAUUGGGCCGAACCGUGAGCUCAAGAAAGCAACCGAAGCAUACUGGGCUGGCAAACUCUCACAAGAUGACCUUCUCAAGGAGGGAAAGAGAUUGAGACUGGAGCAUUGGAAGAUCCAGAAGGCUGCGGGUAUCGACAUUAUCCCAAGCAAUGACUUUGCAUUUUACGACCAAGUCUUGAGCCAGAUCCAGCUCUUUGGGGUUGUCCCCGAGCGAUACACCAAGUAUAACUUGGACCCCAUUGAUGAAUACUUCGCCAUGGGCCGAGGUCUCCAGAGACCAGCUGCCGAUGGAAAGUCUGCAGUCGACGUGCCUGCCUUGGAAAUGGUGAAAUGGUUUGACUCCAACUACCACUACGUCAAGCCAACUCUCCAGGACAACCAAGUGUUCAAACUUGCUUCCAACCCCAAACCCGUCGUCGAAUUCCUCGAAGCAAAAGAGGCAGGCAUCACAACCCGCCCCGUCCUUCUUGGCCCAGUUUCCUUCCUCCACCUUGGCAAGGCUGAUCGUGGCCAAUCCAUUGAUCCUAUCUCUGCCCUGGACAAGCUCCUGCCCCUCUAUGAGGAUCUACUCAAACAACUGAAAGAUGCUGGUGCUGAAACUGUCCAAAUUGACGAGCCCAUCUUGGUUUUUGACCUACCAGCCAAGGUCAAGGCCGCCUUCAAGCCCGCAUACGAGAAGCUCGGCUCGCUUGGAUCUAACGGCCCAAAGAUCGUUCUUGCGACGUACUUUGGAGAUAUUGUCCACAACAUCGACGUGCUUGAGGCCGUGAAAAACCUCUACGCCAUCCACGUCGACCUGGUUCGUAACCCAGAGCAGCUCGAAACCGUCAUCUCGGCAUUGGGCCCGCAACAAGUCCUCUCAGCCGGUGUUGUUGAUGGACGGAACAUCUGGAAGACAAACUUCAAACGCGCUAUCGAAACCGUCGAGUCUGCCAUUCAGAAGUUGGGCAAGGAGAGAGUCAUUGUUGCCAGUUCCAGCUCUCUUCUACAUACUCCCCAUACCCUCACCAGCGAGAAGUAUCUUGACCCCGAGAUUGCCGACUGGUUCAGCUUUGCCCACGAGAAAACCGUGGAAAUUGCUACCAUUGCAAAGGCUGUGACCGAAGGACCCGCGUCAGUCCGAGAUGCUCUCGAGGCCAAUGCCAAGUCCAUGCAAGCUCGUGCCUCGUCCAAGCGUACAAAUGAUCAAGCUGUCAAAGAGAGACAAAGUAAUGUGACACCCGAGAUGCACAAUCGCAAGUCUGAAUUCCCUGCUCGUAUUGCCGCCCAGCAGAAGCGACUCGACUUGCCAUUGUUCCCUACCACGACUAUUGGCUCAUUCCCACAGACCAAGGAGAUCCGGAUUCAACGUAGCAAAUUCACCAAGGGCGAAAUCACUGCUGAGGAAUAUGAAAAGUUCAUCGAGAAGGAGAUUCAAGAUGUCGUCAAGAUCCAGGACGAACUGGGUCUCGAUGUGUAUGUCCAUGGCGAACCCGAGCGUAAUGACAUGGUGCAAUACUUCGGUGAACGUCUCAACGGCUACGCAUUCACCACCAACGGAUGGGUGCAAUCAUAUGGUUCUCGAUGUGUGCGACCCCCGAUUGUCGUUGGUGAUAUCUCGCGACCCGCUCCAAUGACUGUCAAGGAAUCCAAGUAUGCAGCAUCCAUCUCGAAGAAGCCAAUGAAGGGUAUGCUCACCGGCCCCAUCACUUGCUUGAGAUGGUCGUUUCCUCGUGAUGAUGUUCACCAGUCGGUUCAAGCUCAGCAACUUGCCCUUGCUCUUCGGGACGAGGUUGUUGAUCUGGAGAAGGCUGGUGUCUACGUCAUCCAAGUCGAUGAGCCAGCGCUCCGUGAAGGUCUCCCCCUCCGGACAGGCAAGGAGCGCACCAACUAUUUGAAGUGGGCGGUUGAUUCGUUCCGCCUUUCAACAGCGGGAGUCGAGGAUGGCACCCAGAUUCACAGUCACUUCUGCUACUCGGAAUUCCAGGACUUCUUCUAUGCCAUCGCAGCACUAGAUGCCGAUGUGUUAUCGAUCGAGAACAGCAAGUCUGACGCCAAGCUGCUCAAGGUCUUUGUGGACGAGGCAUACCCUCGCCACAUUGGACCCGGCGUUUACGAUAUUCACUCACCUCGUGUUCCUUCGGAGCAAGAGAUACACGACCGAAUCCAGGAAAUGUUGGCAUUUUUGAAGCCUGAGCAGUUGUGGAUUGAUCCCGACUGCGGCCUCAAGACCCGACAAUGGAAGGAAACCAAGGCUGCCUUGACCAACAUGGUCAACGCGGCCAAGAGUUUCCGUGCUCAGUAUGUUAAGUAA